CACUUGUGAUAUGCUGUCGCAUCGCGUUCAAGGAAAAACGGCCGCUCACGUGCCGCCACGGACCCGAAAGAAGCUGUGAACACCCGUUCAGGCUGAGAAGGGCGAAGGUGCAGGCGCAAUUGAUACGCGGAGUACGUUCGUGUGUGCAUUAACGACUGCCAGCUUCAUCCGAGUGUACUCCAGCCCCCGUUUUCUCAUCUCGUCCACUUCCCUCCAAAUAGUGACCUGAAGCAGCUUUCAACGCUACUUCGCCGAGGACAACCGAGUUCGAGGGAAGAAUUUGCAGUGUGGAGCGUAGGAGUCUUCGGGUUCCGCAUCUAUAGUAUGCAAACGCCUUGGUCAAGCCUAAAAUGAGGACGUCGUGGACACUGUUCUUUGCGCUCCUGUUUUUGUUGUGGAGCCUAUGGAGUUACCUGACACCUCUGCGGGAGAUAUCGGCGACUAUUGGGUCCGUGUGGGUUGCUCUUUGGAUCUCCUACAAACUGUCCGGCCUCCUAUCGACUGCUUUUGUGAAGGAAGUGUGUGGGGAGGGCAAGGCUGUGCUCAUUACCGGUUGCGACACCGGUUUCGGCCACAGGCUUGCGAAGCGGCUCUCCCGUAAAGGUUUCCUAGUGUUCGCCGGUUGUCUGAGCUCGAAAAGUGACGGGGCGGAGGAACUUAAGCUCCUCCCUAACAUUAACGUCAUGCAGCUUGACGUCACGGAUCAAAAGCAAAUCGACGAUGCUCUGGACGCUGUGAAGGAACAGCUGGACAGCAGAGUGCUUUGGUCGGUGGUGGCGAAUGCUGGAAUUGGAACCGGCGGAUUCCUCGAAUGGCUGACGACGGAAACAGUCGCUAAAGUCUUUGACGUCAACGUUCUUGGAACUCUUCGCAUCAUCAAAAAAUUCCUGCCUCUGCUGAGAAAGAGCCAAGGCAGAGUCGUCACCUUGGCCAGCCCCCUCGGCCAUUUCACAGUUCCCAUGGUGGCGCCGUACUGCAUGACGAAGCACGCCGUGGUUUCCAUGAUGGACGCUUUCCGCAGGGAGUGCAGUGGGAAGGGUGUCGACAUGAUCACCGUGGAGCCUUCCAUUUACAGGACGUCACUCGUCUCGAUGUACAGCGUUCCCAAGGAAAGCGUGAUGCUCGAGUUGCGGAAACAAGCACCCGAAGUCGUCGCGGAGUACAGCCAUGCAGAAGUCGACUAUCUGCUCAGGGCUGUUGACAAGUUCACCCAAUUGCUCAUCAGGGAUAACCCAGAGGAGUGUGUCGACGUCUUGGAAAAGGCAAUCCUGGAGACACACCCGAAGACACACUAUCUGUCACCAUGGGGAUUAGACCAACUCUACCCAUUACUGAUCGCGACCGUACCAAGCGAGGUUGCCGACCUCACCAUCAGUCUCACGACGAAACUGCUGGUGAAGAUGUUAUCAAAGUCCCCACCGUCGACAUCGAUUGUUUUAAAUGGACACUAAAAAGCUACUCUCAACAAUUUCCUGUUAGUAAACACUUAUUUCAACGUUG